AUGCUUCGGCUCAGGCACCUGUUCCGAAUUCAAUCGCGCGCCUUUUCUUUCCACACCGGCCCCCGGCAGACUUUCACAGCCCCUCCGACCGUCCGGCAUGUGAGAUUCAGACGGCCUUGGCUAAGGACCUUUUUCACCAAGUUUUUCCUCUACGGUGCCGCGUUUCACCUGUGGACCUCUUUCGUUCUGGUCCGAUUUGAUGAUGAUACUCAUGACAACGAUUCAAUGCCCGGGCCAAGCUUGGAGGAGACUGGUCCUCGGCGAAGUCCUCGAGCAACCGACGAAGUAGUAGAGGAAGAAAGGGACAAGGAGUCGGAAGAUGCAGCGCCUAUGUUCAUCCCGCUUACCUGGUCCCGAUUGCGGGAAGGUGAGCUGUAUACCGCGUCGGAUCCAGAAUGGCAAACGUUUGUUCAAUUGUCCAAGGAUCGGAAGAAGCUCCAGAAAUUAAGAGAUGAACUCGCUGCUCUCGUUCUGGAGAGCGCCUCGAGUCGCAUGUCCCAAAUACUCGGCGGCCCACUUUCGUUGACCGGGUUCUGGCUUGUUCAUCAAUUCCCGUCUCGUGCUCCUCCGGAAUACCUUCGAUCCGGACUCGAAAUUACGGACAAUGGCGUAUCUUGGGCGACCAAACCUCUGGAUCCCGAUAUGGGUGACAGACUGCAGACAUUCAUGAAGCCUGUACAUGUGGCGCUUGCAAUCAAAGAUGCAUACUUCGUACUGCUCAGGAGGCAGGUGAAUCGUCUCAAGAAUCCUCAAGAGCAGCCGGUGGACGCUCUGGAGUCUUUGAAUGAAAGCUACGUCCUGUCCAGGAAUGAAAAGCUCAACCCUCUAAGCCCCCAUGAGCAACCCAGACUGCAACCUCCAGUUUCGGAUGGACCCCCGGAAAGCGCGUCAUCCAACGGAGACCCAGAACUUCAUCCAUCUUCCAUCAUUUCAUCGUUGCAAAGGUUUCCUUUGCCCGACCUGGGCCCCGGUUCGGACCUUCACCUGGCCUCAAUUGCAUUUAAAUUACGAUUGAAUGCGUACCGAGCUCGAAUGAAGCGAACACCUCGCCGUGGAACCUUUUUCAUUUCCGGUCCCGUGGGCAUAAAGGGGCCCAACGGGUUCUGCCGAUUCGAAGUCCGCGGCGAGUACGAUCCAUCCAAAUCGGGAUGGCGGACCGUCGAAAUAGAGUUAAAAGACUUGAACCCCAGGAAGCAGAAAGCACUUGGCGGCCGCUGA